CUAACAUAUAUAUAUAUAUAUAUAAAAUUCAUUUUCUUUACCCUUUAACCCUUAAGACACUUUAUAGUUACCAAAAGUAAACAGGUGGCUGUGAAAAAAAUUACUCGUGUUGGUACUAUCUGCAGGCCACCACUUCCCGAUUAGGCAAUAAAUACACGAAAAAAGUGCCAGAUCAAAGGCUCCAUAAUUAACAUUAAUUACUGGAAAGACGAAGAACUACUGGUUAACUUUUGAAAGGUUAAGUAAUUAACUGAAAAGUGCAUAGACUGACUGUUAAGUGAGUAACUGGCGCAUUCAAAUCAAUGAGUUAUCAGAAUCUGCCGUAUGGCAAUGGUCAUAAUAAUGGCAAUAAUCCUAAUAGAUACCGUCGAGACAAUUCAGACUCCUCCAUAACUGAAUUCUUAAACCCUAAUGAUAACCAUAAUCAACAACAAGGUACUUAUGGAUAUCAUAAUAAUGGUAGUUCAUCAUCUAUAAAUUUUCAACAACCUCCAGAACCUACUUAUAAUCAUAGAGUAAGCUCAUCAUCGGUACUACAUGAUUAUUAUACUGAUCCAAGAUUAGAUUCCCCACAUAUUCAACAACAUCAUUUACAACAACCUCAUUCACCUCAGAAUUAUAUCCAACCUCCAAAUAUGAGUCCUUUACCAACUAAUUCAAAUGAUGAUCCUUUUAAUAAUCGAUAUGAGAUGAAUCAACUUGGUGCAGGUGGUAAUCUUCCUCAAUAUCAAUAUGAAAGUUCUCCUCAACCAUAUGAUCCUAAUCAGCAAUAUUAUCAAACUCCAAAUCAAGCUUUUGAACAAGCUUUUGUUCCCAAUGUUUAUGAUGAUGAAGAUGAGGAUGAAAGAGAAUAUGAUCAACAAAUUCAAUAUAAUCAAUUCCAGGGUGAUCAUUAUGAUUUACUUCCAGUUCGAUUACCAGAACCUGAACCAGAGCCUUCAUUAAUAGAUGCUCCUUCUACAAGAGAUAUUAAUGAUGAUGAAGUUCCUCAAUCUCCAUUUGGUGAUAGUAUGAUGUUUGAAGAACCUCCUGAAGAAGAACCAAUUAGAUCAAAACCUCAAAUUGGGAUUGCUCCUGGUUUAAAUGGUCAUUUGGUUCUUGAUUGUCCAGUUGCCACAGAAUUAUUAACUAAAUUUCCAGAUUAUAAUCCUGAAUUAAGAGAUGGUGGUCUUUCUCGUGAAUUCUCUUAUAUGAGAUAUACAGCAGUUACUUGUGGUCCAUCUAAUUUUUAUCGUGAUGGUUAUAUUUUACGUCCUAAUCAUUAUCCUAUUCAAAGACAAACUGAAUUAAUGAUUGUAGUUACCAUGUAUAAUGAAGAUGAUAUACUUUUAGCAAGAACUUUAAAGGGUAUUUUUAAAAACAUUAAACAUUUAGAAUCAAGAACAAGAUCAAAUGUUUGGGGUAAAGAUUCUUGGAAAAAAGUUGUCGUUUGUAUUGUUAGUGACGGUCGUACAAAAAUUAAUGAGAGAUCUCAAGCAUUAUUGGCUUCUUUAGGAGUUUAUCAAGAAGGAUUAGCUAAAUCUAUGGUUGAUGAUAAACAUGUGCAAGCUCAUAUUUAUGAAUAUACUACAAGAGUUGGGAUUUCAAGUGUUACUGAUACAGUUAAAUUAACUACUGAAAAAAUUGUUCCUGUUCAAUUAUUAUUUUGUUUAAAGGAAAAGAAUGCUAAAAAGAUUAAUUCUCAUAGAUGGUGUUUUCAAGCUUUAGGACAAUUAUUAAAUCCUGAAAUUGUUAUACUUUUGGAUUGUGGAACUCAACCAAGUGGUAAGGCUCUUUAUCAUUUAUGGAAAGAAUUUGAUCGUGAUCAUCGUGUAGCAGGUGCUUGUGGAGAAAUUAAAGCUUCAUUGAAAAAACGUCAAAUGUUAACUAAUCCAAUUGUCUAUGGACAAAAUUUUGAAUAUAAAAUUUCUAAUAUAUUAGAUAAACCGAUGGAAUCAGUAUUUGGAUUUAUUAGUGUUUUACCAGGGGCAUUUUCAGCUUAUAGAUAUAUUGCAUUACAAAAUGAUAUUAAUGGUAAGGGACCAUUAGAAAAAUAUUUUAAGGGUGAGUUUUUACAUAGUUCAGGAGAAUUAGAUCCUAAGGAUGAUGAAUAUGAAUUGAAAAAGAUGCAAAUGAAAGAAGAAGCAGGAAUUUUCACUUCAAAUAUGUACUUGGCUGAAGAUAGAAUUUUAUGUUAUGAAUUAGUUGCUAAAAGAGGUUGUAAUUGGUUAUUAAGAUACUGUAGAGCUGCCAGUGCAGAAACAGAUGUUCCAGAGAAAUUAGCGGAAUUCAUUCUCCAAAGAAGAAGAUGGUUAAAUGGUUCAUUUUUCGCAGCCAUUUAUGCUUUAGUUCAUUUCCCUAAGAUUUGGCAUUCUUCUCAUUCAUUUGGAAGAAAAUUUUUCAUUCAUAUUGAAUUUAUUUAUCAAUUUUUAAGUUUAAUUGUUUCUUGGUUUUCAAUUGGUUCUUAUUUCCUUGUAUUUAGAAUUUUAACUACUUCAUUAGGUGAUGCUGAUUUAGGAUUUGCUCCUGGAAAUAUCCUUUCUGUUAUAUUCCUAUGGUUAUAUCUUGCUUCAAUUGUGACAACUUUUGUUUUAAGUUUUGGUAAUAAACCAAAGGGAACUGAGAAAUUUUAUAUUGUUAUUGUUGUAUUCUUUGCUAUUUUAAUGGCUUAUAUGAUUUUUGCUGCUAUUUAUAUGGCAGUUCAUUCAAUUCAACAAAUUUAUGAUGAACAUACAAAGAUUACCGUUCAAUUAUUUCUUCAAAAUGCAGAAUUUAGAGAUUUGGUAGUGGCUACUUCAUCAACUUAUGCAUUAUAUUUCCUUGCUUCAUUCCUUUAUUUUGAACCAUGGCAUAUGUUCACAUCAUUUGUUCAAUAUAUUCUUUUAUCACCAUCAUAUAUUAAUGUAUUAAACAUAUAUGCAUUCUGUAAUAUUGAUGAUGUUUCAUGGGGUACAAAAGGUGAUACUGGUGGUAAAUCAUUAGGUGCAGCUAAAUUAAGAGAAGAUGGUACUUUCGAUGUUAGUAUUCCAAUUUUGAAAGAAGAAAUUAAUCAAUCUUAUUUAGAUCAAUUAGAAAAAAUUAAGAAACCAGCUCCACCUGAUGAAGGUAAAGGUGAAACUUCUAAUGAAGAUUAUUAUGCAUUUAUUAGAUCAAUGACAGUAUUAGUAUGGAUGUUUUCAAAUUUUGUUAUUGUUGCAUUAGUAUUAGAAACUGGAGGAUUUAAUCAAUUUGAAAGUGCAGAAAGUUUAAUAAGUGUUAAACAACAAAGAGCUAAAAUUUAUUUGACAGUAGUAUUAUGGAUGGUUGCCUUUAUGGCAUUAUUUAGAUUUGUUGGAUGUGUAUUCUAUUUGAUCCAAAGAUUAGCCAAUAGAAUGAGAUCAUCUGAUCAUGCCACCAUGCAUACUAAACUUAGACAAUAAUUCAAAUUUAUUCUUACUUGUAUAGUGUAUAUUAGUAAUACCCUAAUUCUAAUUAAAAUAUAAAAACAAUUCAAUUUACUUAGUAUUUGCAACCAUUAAUUUUUGACACUUUUUGUACGACAUUGAUUAGUCAUAAAAUUGCGCGAAAUCCACACUUUUGACAUAUACCGGUGCGGUAUUGGCCAAUGCAAUAAACUUAACGAUAAGGC